AUGGAUGAUUCGUCGCCGUUGUUUGAAAACAUUUUUUUAUAUUCCGAUUAUGAUCCAACCAAGCUCGAGGAUUUGUUAGACUCUGGUGCCAUAAAGUGUUUCCCGCCAGCGGAUCGACGACAUAAAUAUGAAUGGGCCGGCGGUUUUAAUCAAAAACAUUUUCUUGAUGAACUGAACAAUAGCGAUAAUGAUUCAAAUAUGGACAACAGCUUGGAGGACAAACCACUAGCGAUAAAACAGUUGGUCAAGAAAAAUGAAAAACAGAAGACACUCGAACAUGUAUGCGCUUGUCAAACAAAGCACGAACUAGUUGAUUUGGGGGAUUGGCAUUUCCCACGCUAUAUCGUUAAUGCAAGGUGCCAGAAUCGUAACUUAAAUAGUCAGAAAUGUUUUCGAAAACUACGCUGCAAGGAGAUACCAUAUAAAAUCAGAGUGCUAACCAAACGUUUCGACAGUGGAAUUAGCGAUAAUGAUUUGCCGGAACCAUUACGUGAUAUUUGGCGUUUUGAAUCUGUAACAAUUGCCGCAGCUUGUCAGUGCUCCGUAUGAAGAAAUAAAUCAGAAAACUCAA